CGUUUGACAUUUGCGAAGAAGACAAAACAAAGCACAAAAAAGAAACGAGAAGAACAAGUAGUGAGAAAAUCUUACACCCGUUUAUUUAACGGCCAAAAUAAAAUAAAAUAUUACUCUAAAUUUAUAAAUAGGUCUAAAAACGUAGAAUUAGUAUAGAAAUAAAGAUUUGAAAGUUGGUAGUGUAUGAAAAAGGCGCGAUCUAAUGUCAAUAACCCUAUUAAGAGGUGGAAAGCAAAAGACGAAAUCUUAUGUAGGAAUGACCGUGAUGGCCAAAACUUCAAUAGCGGAAAUAUGUGAGAAUGCAAAGCUGGCGCGCGACAUGGCGUAUACCGGCAACUAUGAUUCGGCCUGCAUCUACUACGAAGGGCUGGGCGGCAUGCUGGAUCGCAUGGUUAAAUCGACAACUGAUUCACUGCGUAAGAGCAAAUGGAAAUUGAUCGCCCAGCAGAUAGAAAAAGAAUACUCCCAAAUUAAAGCCAUACAACGAACGCUUUCCGAAAUGACUUUAGAUUUGCAGAAUACACCGUUUGCACACAAACUGAAAACUCAAAUUAGUGAAGAUGAAACAAAAGACCCAGCCGCAUGGUUUCGGCCUGAUCCGGAUAUUUGGACACCGCCACCGAGAGAUCCGGAUGUAUGGGGGCCUCCACGCUCAGAAAAUUACCAUAGGCCUGCCGUACCCAGUCGUAGUCGAAGCAGUAUACCCAAUAAGAAGCUCACCGGUGGUGUAGGAAAAAGCACAAUACCCCAGCGCAAUAACAAUAGCGGUGCUGCCGCAAAUAGACGCACUAUAGCUGGAAGUGUUGGAAGCACCACACGGGGUGGUAACUCAACGCAGCAAAAUGGACGCUCUAUGUCUUCAACCUCCAGCAGAAAAGCACCACACUCAAACAAUGGCAAUAAUGGCAAUCCGUAUGCCGGAGUUGACAAUGGCGGCUCCAAAGACGAGGAAAAUCGGGAUGAGGAAACAGCGGAUAGCGAAGAUAAGGAAGAAAAGAAAUUUCAACCUAGCUCGCACAUGGAAGCUGAACUGGUGGAUAUUUUAGAGCGUGAUAUUCUACAGCGAAACCCAAAGGUGCGUUGGAACGAUAUAGCCGAUUUGCAAGAUGCUAAACGCUUGCUGGAGGAAGCAGUUGUGUUGCCGAUGCUAAUGCCGGACUAUUUUAAGGGUAUUCGACGUCCCUGGAAGGGCGUGCUCAUGGUUGGACCCCCAGGUACCGGUAAAACUAUGUUGGCUAAAGCUGUAGCAACAGAAUGCGGCACAACGUUUUUCAAUGUAUCGUCUUCAACUCUGACCUCUAAAUAUCGUGGAGAAUCUGAGAAAAUGGUACGAUUAUUGUUCGAGAUGGCACGCUUCUACGCGCCGAGCACAAUUUUCAUCGACGAGAUUGAUUCGCUUUGUUCCCGACGUGGCUCCGAAUCGGAACAUGAAGCCUCACGUCGCGUUAAGUCCGAGUUGUUGGUACCAACGUAUGCAGAGAUGCUAGCAUGAUGUCGAUGCGCCGCAAAAUAGCCGGCCUUACCCCGGAGCAGAUACGACAAUUGGCUACAGAAGAAGUUGAUCUUCCCGUUUCGAAUCAGGAUUUUACUGAAGCCAUUAGCCGCUGCAAUAAAAGUGUUUCCAAAGCGGAUCUGGAAAAAUACGAAAAAUGGAUGAAUGAAUUCGGUUCGUCAUGAUGACUUUAUGCCAAAGCGUACGCAAUGGAUAUAGAUGUCGAUGCGGGAACAAUACUGCAUUUGCUGCAGUGAUGUGUAGCAUUUAAUUUACAAAUAAC